AUGGCGACCUCCUUGAUCGGCGCGAGAAUUUCAAGUUGGACUGUCGCACGAUCAGUGGUAUCGUUUUUGAAAUUCAUAUCAUUUAGCUGAGUUUUCUGCACUUAAAGCCCAAUUGAUUCGCUUGUGUUGUGUUCAAUUGUUCUUUUAGGGUUGGAAUUUGACCAGAAAAUCAUUGUCUAAUUUCUCCGGAUUACACGUGGGUACCCUUAACCUAAUAUUUACGUUGAUUUUAGAAUCGUUUUGGCUUAUUCGAGCUGCCCUCCGCGAACAAAUAUUCGCUGGAUUUUAAAUCAUUUCAUUCAGACUUCUUCAGGUUUUAUAUAUCCACGGUAAAUCAGUGACAUUACAAGAGAUUAAAAGGUUCCAUUAAUGUACUUGCAUAAGACUAGGCUGAUGAUGUCAUAAGUUUUUUUGCGCCAUCAUUAUGACAAGUAAAAAUUAAUCUGUAUUGGUAGUUUGGUCAUUUCAUUUUUGUUUUGUGGGGAAAAGUAGCUGUAGUGUCCAAACUUAAGAGUUAUUUCUUUUAAGUGAAAGAAGAGAUUUAUAUAUGCUGUCGUCCUAUUUGUCCAAAAAAGUGGGUGUGAAGGGGGUGUACAUGUAUUUGAAAAUUGUUAGCCCACUCUAAAUAAACUGACCAGAGAAAUACAAUAUUUUAAUCACGCUUGUGUUAUUAAAGGAUGACCAAUUCAAGUUGAAAUUCUUAAAGAAUCUGUGAAUUGCUCAAUCAACAAGUUUAGGUUUCCUCAAACAUUGUUAUUAAAAAACUGAAACAGUAUUUUUCAUUUUUUUGAUUUGAUUUGUAGGAAGUAGUAAUUGUUAGUGCUGUGCGAACACCAAUAGGAUCAUUUAGAAGUUCGCUAUGCAAAGUAACUGCACCUAGGCUUGGAGCAAUCGCUGUUAAGGCUGCAAUUGAAAAAGCAGGUAUUGUCAGCUGCAUGUGUUGCGUACUACGAAUUUGUGGUUAAUUUGCCCAGAACAAGCUUUCUUUCAACUUUUUUUGUCCCAUGGACAGUCAUCAGCACCAUGCUGUGUCUCUACUUUGUCGUGAUGAAAAAACUAAUAAAUAACCAUAAGUUUUGAGGGUGAUGUAAAGAUUUCUGUAAAAAAGGGAGUAAUAAUAAUUGUAAAUUCUGACAGAGAUUUUAUCAUGAGUCCUUCAGAUAACAAAGCAGUUAAGAGCCCCUCCAGUGUACUAGCAUUUUCUUCUUACAUUUAUAUCACUAAAAUACCGUAUUUAUGAUACCUCAAAGUCAAAAACCCAUCAAGCAGACAGUUCAAUAUGGUGACCAAAUGUUUUCUUCUGGUUUCCAUCUGAUAACUGAAUGGCUUUUUCCUUACAGCAAAAUAACAUUCCAGAAAUAUUUCUGGUACAUAUAUACAUGGCUCUCUGAGUUUCUUAAUAUUAUGACCUAUUGAAAUUGAUAAUUAUGCUGAGUUGCCAUAUGUAAUAAUCCAGGUAUUACCCCAGAGGAUGUACAGGAAGUAUAUAUGGGAAAUGUCAUUACUGCUGGGGAAGGACAAGCUCCGACGAGACAGGUGGCACUUGGUGCAGGUACUGAUGAGUUGGAAAAUAACUAAUGUUUUAGUGAGUUAGAAAUUUAUACUGUACCGGUAUUAAUUUUUCAAUUUACAAAUACAAAUCUCUAAUUCAGGCUAUACAGGUUAUUAUGAUUGUAAAUCAUACCAAUAGGCCUAGUACCAUUUUUAGGACAGUUUACCCUUCAUACACUGUAUAGUGUAGUCUUUCUCCAGUGUAUUACCGAAAAUAAGCCCCUCCAAAUAUAAGCCCCCCAAACCGGUAACGCAAAAAACCCUCUGUUAAAUCGCCCCUCCAAAUAUAAGCACCCUGGGGGCUUGUACUUGGAAAAUUGCCCUCAAAUACAACGUAAAACAAAGAAAAAAAUGGUAAAUUUACUUCCAACUGAAAGGCUAGCCUUAUCUAGUUUGAAACGCAAAUUUCCCUUUGUAGAUAAACCCCUCAGAAUAUAAGCCCCUCAAAAAGGGCCUUUGAAAAAUAUAAGCCCCAGGGCCUAUUUUCAGAAUUUUACGGUAUAUUUGUGUUAUUGAAGAUCAGUGAACAUUGACCAGUGCAUAUUCAGUUAAGUCUGUAGAUUCAAUCAUUCUAACUGAUGCAGGUGUACAGUAUAAAGCCAGUAUUGCUGCGAGACCUGAGAGAGCAAUGCAUAUUUUCCAGAAUUGAAAAUAUUUUAAUCCUGCAUCUAUUAAUUUUUCUUUGUCAUAACUAGGUUUACCUGUAUCGACACCUUGUACAACAAUCAACAAAGUCUGUGCAUCUGGGAUGAAGUCCAUCAUGAUGGCUGCUCAAAGUCUUGCUUGUGGAAGUCAGGUCUGUUAAUUAACUUAAUUGCAUUGUUGUGGCUGGCUUGAUCAUACCUUACGGCAUGAUGAUCUAGUCCCAUUAGUUAUUGAGGGGAGAAUAACAGGAAAGAGGCUACUUGGAAGACAUCCAUCAGCCGGAAUGCUGGAUAGAGUGUAGGACAGGUGCCCUUAGUUAGCGGUCAAGAGACGUACCUUAAAUCAGGAACUAUAAGGAAGGACCUGCCUAUGGUAGCACACACUCACACUUGUUGUUGUUGUUUACACUUUGACUUGACUAUGUACAUGUAACACAUGUACAUUAUCAUAUUGUAUGCUGUAACUUGCAUUUGUUGAGUUCUGGUGACUUGUCUGUUAUUUUGUCAUCUGAAAUUAAGAAUGCAAAAGAAAAAGGCAAACAAAACAUAACAUCAUUGAAAGCUUGUUCCUUUUAAGAGCUUUCCUCUUGUUUAUUGCCUUACAUAUAACCUUACUUACUGUUUUGCUCUUGGUGCAGUAUAUUACCUUAAUUUGUCAUAGUGUGCAUGAUAUUCGUAUUGUUUUACAGUAUAUUGCACCAAACAAAAUGAGCAAUUUUCACUUUAUAUUAUGUUUAGGCUCAUGUGAAAUUGGCAUCCGUGCAUAUGUGUGUAAUUUUUCCUGGAUAUGCUUUGAGGAAUCUGAAACAAAUUAGUACCAUCAUAAAUAUUUUCCUGACCCCAGUUGUUCAAAAGGUGGAUAGCACUAUCCAUCGGAUAAAUCAUUAUCCACUGGAUAGCGCAAUUGGUUUCCCUAAUACUUAUGCGGUGGAUAGUGAUUUACCCGGUGAACACCGCUAUCCAACUUUUGAACAACUGGGGCCUGAAAUAUACCUCAUUAAGCAAAACACAAGAACAUGGAUUAUUUUGUUAUGCUAUGAUUUACUUGCAAAAGUUUGUACAGGUAUAAUCUUGAUAGAUUUAUAGGGUAUGUUGAAGCCACCAAAGAACGCACUACAAGCAAAAUUUUUGUGUUAAAAUUAAUGUUAAAUUGUACAUGAUUUUCAUGAUAAGUGUAGUACAAUAUAAAUCCGAGAAUGAAUCUCAGUUUGUUGGAAAUAAUACUUUAUCUUUAUUUGCCAGGAAGUGAUGGUUGCAGGCGGCAUGGAAAGUAUGUCAAAUGUACCUUUUAUGGUUAGCAGAGAUGCACCAGCAUAUGGUGGCCACAAAAUGGAAGUAGGUACAGAGUGAUCAAUGAAAAUUAUCAGUAGAUGCUGUAUUGUACUGCAGAUUGGCAUAGUACCGUAAAAUUCCGAAAAUAAGCCCCGGGGCUUGUAUUUUUCAAAGGCUCUUUUUGAGGGGCUUAUAUUCGGAGGGGCUUAUCUACGGAGGGAUAUAAAAUAAUUGUGUUUCAAAAUCGACUGGGUUAGCCUUAUUGUUGGAAGUAAAUUUACCGUUUUAACUUUUUUUUACUUUGUAUUAAUUUGAGGGUAAUUUUCCAAGAACAAGCCCCCGGGGACUUAUAUUUGGAGGGGCGAUUUAACGGAGGGUUUUUUGUGUUACUGGUUUGGGGAGCUUAUAUUUAGAGGGGCUUAUACAUGGAGGGGAUUAUUUUCGAAAGUUUACGGUAUUUUAACAGGUUACUUAUACGGGUCACAGUACAAACAGUAAUUAACCACUCCCAAGGGACAAGGUCAAAAUACAAACACCUUGAUUGUUCCUGUUAUGUAAUGUAUCUUCAUAUCAUAUAUAUGUAUUAUAUAUCAAGAAUCGUAAUUUUUGUGAAAAGUGAGCUCCUCAUGAAGACAAAUGGAACGUUUUACUUUUUUGUUUCUCCUUUAACAUGCAACUUGAUUUUCAAGUUACAAAUCUGAAGCUGAUGUUACAGUCGUAAGCAUUUCAUCCUUUAAAGGAGAGGCAUUAAAGUACAAAAAAAAAUAAUUGUUAUCCCUCUGCAGGAUGGAAUUGUGAAAGAUGGAUUGUGGGAUGUUUAUAACCAAAUUCAUAUGGUAAGUUAUGGAUUGUCAUGUCUGCAUUAGAACACAGUCAACUCCUUUUUUGCAGACAGUUUAGUGUCUUCGAUUGAGAGAAAAUCUGAAAUUGCAGUAUUACAUUUAAAUUAAGUGUGUGCAUAUUUUUUGAUGGGGAUUUGGCUGUAGCCCAUCUUUUGGGGUUGUCCUCGAAGUUGAUAUGACAGAAUUUUUUCAUUGGCUUGAUAGAACUUACAGUCUGUUGUGAUACAGACUGUAAGGAUGGCAAGAAAAUUUUUGACGUUGAUUUUUUCCUGUGUUCUGAUGAACCAAAAAUAUGAAAUUUCACUUCCAGUGGAGCAAAAAACUGAGCAACUGAAAACAUGAGACUGGGAAUAGACUGUGACAUCCUCUCAGGACAUAUUCUGUUUCACUGCAAGCAACAAACGACUGGAAAAUUUGCUUGCCACGAAACAGAAUGUCCUAAAAUGAAGUCUCAAUCAUUCCAGUGUCUUAAAUUUACAUGGUUUUGUAGCCAACAGGAAGAAUUAUCAAUUUUUCUUUUUGUUCGUCAAAACAUGGGAAAGAAAAAUCAGUAACUAAAAGGAUUUUGCUAUCCUUAUCAGGACAGAAAUUCUGUCACAUACAUUUCAAUAACAAGGUACAGCUGUAUCUGCAAGGCAAGUGUUGACUGUGAUGAUAUUACUACUUUUGUUUUUGUGAUAAUACUUUAUGUUAUCAGCUGGCUUUGUACCAUAGUCUUUGAUAUUUUAUAACUUAAGUUGUACAGUGAAUCAUUGAAAAAUUAAUUUUGAUCUCUCAAUUAUGUACGUGUUUAUAAAUGUUAUGUUUUACAAUUUUUAUCUCAUGGAUAUGGUUUGUAUUCAGGGUAACUGUGCAGAAAACACAGCAGCAAAGCUUGAAAUUAGCCGCGAAGAACAAGAUGAAUUUGCCAUUAGUUCUUAUAAAAAGACAGCAGGAGCAUGGCAGGUGAGCUGUUUCAAGCCCAUUUUCUAUUUCGAUGUAUUGUGAGCGCCCACACUCUAAUAAGUGCCCUACCCCAAUUAAGCACCUGCCUCCUGGGGCUAAUUUAUCGAAUAAGUGCCCUCUUCCCAUCAGUUUAUUAAGUUGUAGGUAUGUACAAGGAAAGCCUGUUUCUGUAUUGCCCCUUUAUUCAUAAUUUUUUAAGCUUCAACUUCGACAUUUACAUGUAUACUGACACAUCUGUGAGUAAACUGUAUAGUGAGACUAUGGUGUGCUUGAUCACCAAGAGGAGCAAAACUUAACUAAGUGUCUCCCUCAAUUUACCACUUUCCUUCCAACAAGUAACCCUCCUUAUAGCCAAAAUUUUAGCCAAGUACCCGGUUGCUUAUUUGAGGAAGUACAGUGCACCUUAUGUUGCCGUAAAAAGUUAAAAUAAUAGAUCAUGACUUGCUCCUCAUAAAAAAAGUAAUAGAUUAUUGAGUUCAGUGUGAGAAAAGAGAUAACUGAACAGUACAAUCAAGAGUAUUGGUGACAUGUACAUCUAAGAGUGACUGAACAAGAGGAGUUUAGCUGACUCAAGUUUUUCAGGAUAGUUUUCUAAUUCUAGACUUACCAAGUGUGAAUAUAUGAAUAAUAAAUCUGGAGCCUUUUGGUUGCGUUUCUAAUGGAUCCAAAAAUUUUUAUCCUUGAUGUGUCUCCUUAACUCACGAAGUAAUAAGUUGUUUUAUCUCACUCUUUAAGGAAGGCAAGUUCAGCGAUGAAGUUAUUUCUGUUUCAGUCCCUCAGAGAAAAGGUUUGUAUAGAUAUUUUUUCUCAAGGACAUUAUGGGUUGCAAUAACAAUAUAAUAGUAGCUCUGUGACCCUGAUCAAUCACAAUAUUAACCUCUUUAAGCCCCAAUUAUAUCAACAUACAAAUUCUUCGGGCCGAUCUCCAGACAUUUCCUCAAUGAUUAGUUGAGAGAAUCUGGUGAAAGAUCAAGGCAUUUUUCUGCGUUGAUCAUUUGAAAAUUUCUCAUAACUUUUUCUUGAAAUGAUCAAUAAGUGUUUUUAGGAGAAAAUUGAUGUUGGUCACUCUUGGGACUUGCCCCCUGUAAGAUAACCCAAGACAGUCUAUUUGGAUUCUGGAUUUCCGGUUCUGGGACUGUACUGGAUUCUGUAUCCCUUGUCAGUGGAACUUGGAUUCUCAAUUCCAAUAAUUAGCAGGAUCCCAGAUUUCUUGAGCCGUAUUCAGGAUUCCAAAGCCUAGGGUUCCGGAUUCCACAAGAAAAGUUUUCCCGGGUUCCAGAUUCCACAAGAAAAAAUUUUUUUCCUGCAUUCCAGAACCCGGAUUACCUUACUUGGGGCAAUCAACUGCUUAUGGACUGUUCAAAUACAGUUGAAGUCCUGAAUUUUUUUGAGGCUUCUCACUUACACAAUUGCAUAAAUUGCAUUCACAACUGCAAGGGCCAUUCUUUAUUCUUGAUUUUACAACUGCUUACUGUUGGUCUUUAUCCGGUGAUGGUGCAGGUUAGCUACAUGAAAUUAGUAGCAGUUAGUGUAUUAUGGCUGUUAGGUAAAGGUUAUAAACAACAGACUGAUUUGAUACAAAAUGGUUUUGAUUAGCAUAUGAAUACAUAAGAGAAGCAGAUUAAGCCAGUUUGGGACUGCUCCUUAUCAUGGAAAUGUUAUACGUCAUGUACAUGUAUUUAAUUUUAUGGGAUAUACUAUAACUGAUAAAUUAAAAGUUGUCUAUCCAUCCAAGACUCAUAAAAAGUCCUAUUUCAAUCAGAUUAACUUUGCGUCUUCCACCCUACUUCAUUCUGACACUUUGCUUGCAAGUUUAUAUUUUAAAUCCAGCUACUGUAUCAAGCAGAAUCAUUGCAUUUCUUGUGCAGAGAUGACUGACGGAUUUUCAAAGAACCCUUUGGCAGAACCUUUGCGAAUAACAAUUUAUUUCUGUUUGAGUUUUCCCUUGUCCACCGAGAGGAGAGGAAAAGGAGGGACUAGACUCUCUUGCAAAAGCAAAGAUCAACAGUUUCACUACCGUAGGCAACAUCUGAAGAAUAACUGUGAUAAAGACACUAACCUGAGAUCAGGCUGUAUUUUCGUUUCGCUUUGUAAAUAACAUUCCGGCGGGCAUGGAGAAACGAAAAGAGAGCCCAAUUUCAGCGGCAGCCGUUAGAGAGAAUGUAUGAGAACCGUUCAAAUUGGGCCUGAUCUCAGGUUAUAAAGACACUAACACUAACUAAUCCUCUCUAAGGUCAGCCUGAUGUGAUUUUCAGUGAAGAUGAAGAAUACAAGAAAGUCUCAUUUGAUAAAUUUGCAAAGCUGAAACCUGUCUUUCAGAAAGAAAAUGGUAUGAUCCAGUCCAUAUUAUCAAAAGACUUUAGCCUGCACAGUGUUACUUUGUUUAAUUUAAUUUCUUAACUCUUGAAUCAGUAUAUAAAUUUGCUGAAAUACAAAAGAAUUCUCAUAGCACCACAAAAAUUUAGGUUAGAAGGUAUUACUCACUAAGUCCUCAUGUUGCCAUUCACAAUGCAGUUUGCGUAGCCAACAAAUACAAGCACUUCUCAUUGCCCCUUUUCCUCUCGUGAAUUUUCCCCAGUUACAAGGAACAAUUAGAGGCAACUGUAUUUACAGGCUACAGAAUAAGAUUGUGAUCUCACUUAAAAGUGAGGCAAUCAAAUUACAUUUUCCUCAGUUUUUCAGGAAAAAUGAUAGUUAAUACUACGAGGGGGUGUAUUGACUUUUCCUUUCUUGUCUGUACUUUCCUGUUUAUUCAGGAGAUAGAUUGGUUCUAGAUUAAGAAUUAUAAAAUUGGGCCCAGUUGUUUGAAGACUGAUUAGCGCUAACCUGGGGUUAAAGUUUAAUGCAAGUUUGUUUUUCUUUUGUUCAAAAACAAUUUCCCAGAUAAUUUUAUCAAAUUGUAGUCAAAAAGGAGAAACUGAAUCUGUAUUUUAAGGUUUCAUAAUAAUGUUAAUUCAAUUAUAGUGCAUUCCUUGUGUACAGUUGGCUAUAGAUCUCCACGAGUCAUCUGAUAGGGGGAAUGCUACAUAAUUAUAAUGAAGAGAUGUCCAUACAGAAAUGCCUUAAAAGUAUGCUGUUUCUGUAUACAGACCUUUUCAAACAUUAAAGUUUCAGUUUCUUCAAUAAUUUUGGGAAAUACUAAGGCUAACUGUAUUGGUUUCGUGACGUAAUGUUAGGAUCUGUGACUGCAGCCCAUGCUGCACCUGCCCACACUCAUGUAUUAUGUGUGAGUCUCACGCCUGCGGACUAAACACCUUGAUCUCACGCAUCAAGGACAAUUUCUCACACCUGACUCACAAAUCCACACAAAUUGUUCUUAACCGCAUGAUAAAUAGCGAAAAAUCGUUGCCGUUGUCAGGACAUCUUUGGACAUUUUUGGCAGUGUUCAGAAGUCUUCGGAAAACCAUCAGAAAGCUUCGGAAGUCGCUGGGAUGUUUUCGGAAAUCCUGGUCAUGAGAAGGCGAGGAUCUUGUGCAUUUGUCUCUGAAAAAGUGGGCAGGUAUACCAUGGCAGUAGACUGAAUGACGUGGUUGGUUGUGUGAUACGUGACGUCUUAAUAUUCUUCAGGAACUGUCACUGCCGCCAAUGUCAGUUCCCUGACUGAUGGGGCUGUAGCUCUGGUGUAACAAGACAGGCUGCAAGCAUACAUGUAACUGCUUUGGUAACUAAGCUUGUUAAUAAUUGGUUUUGUGACAUGUGACAUGUUAAUAUUCUUCAGGAACCGUCACUGCUGCCAAUGCCAGUACACUGAACGAUGGUGCCGCUGCCCUAGUGCUUAUGACUAGACAAGCUGCUGACAGGUUAGGAGUGAAGCCACUAGCCUCCAUAAUAGGUAAAUACAAAAGUAGUUAUAAGUGGAAAAUAAUUGUGAUUACCAGUAUUCAGUACAACAUAAUGAUUGUUGUUAUCAUUAAUUUUAUUCAGUUACUCACAGAAAAACUCAAAAGUAACACAAAUUAAACUACAUGUACAGCUGUAGUCCACAGAUGUGGACAAGAGCUUUUUGAAUUUGAAAUGUUUCAAUGCUUGUUUGAAGUUUUCAAAGUUGCAGAUAGCUCACCCAUUCGAAUUCUGCACUCACUCAUCAGCUUGAGUUUAUCUUCUUCAGGUUUUGCUGAUGCUUCUGUAGCACCGAUUGAUUUUCCCAUCGCUCCAGCAGCCGCUGUGCCAAAGGUACUCUACUUUAAUCAUUUUUUUUGAGUGCUUAUCAGGGUGGCCGAGUGGUCAGCAGGUUGGACUUGCAAUCCACCCGUCCUUGAUUCGAGUCCCACUCUGGCCACUUCUAGACUUGUUCUCACGGUAAUCCUGAGCUCAAACCCUUGGCCACGCUUGUGAAUAGUCAACCGGUUACCUCCUGUCAGUUAGGGCUUUAAUCCUGUUAUGUUCUAUUUGGAAUAUUUGUUUCUAAUUCUUUGAGUGGAGUGCCUGUAGACUAACUGCUAAGGUAAAUGCACUUUCACCUAUAAACAAACACGUAAUCGCCGCACUAUAUACCGAUACAAGACCCAAUCUCCUUCCAAAUUUCUCAUUGAUAAUCUGCCAACUCGGAAAGUUCUGAAAGUUCUUGACCAAUUCAGUGCAAAGGUAGUACCUUCAUUACUCACUUAUUUUAAGACACUGAGUAUUGGUCCGGCCCCGAGAAUCGAACCCGCGACCUCCCGCUCUGCAGUCCCGCGCACUGCCGACUGAGGUAAUCCAGCUGCAGGAUUAGCUCAGUCGGUAGUGCGGCUGUAAGUAGUAUGCGAGCAACCUCUCCCCCGUCGGUGGCUACAAGUGUGGAGGGCAUGUUCUUUUUUAAAUUCGUCAUAAAAAAAUCCUGUUGUAAUCUGAGUGACCCCAUUUUAAUCGUUUUUGCUUUUGCUGUCUUUUAGUUAUUACAACAGACUGGGUUGAAGAAAGAAGAUAUUCACAUGUGGGAAAUAAACGAAGCUUUCAGUGCUGUUGUUCUAGCCAACAUCAAGGUUUGAUGUGUUCUAUGUAUGGGUUAACACUUGGUUUGCAUAACACAAGCACAGUCAAUUAUGGAUGCUUCUAAAGGCGAUGUUACACGACACGUUCCGAUUUGAGCCUCCUUUUGAGUCCUCCUUUGAACUUUUUAAUGCUAUGUUUUGCGGUAAAUUUACCUCAGAAAGGAGCGGUCGCAGGCGCAGGCGCAGGCGCAGGUUUAUUUUCUCCGAGAUAAAAAACUUUAUCCCAUUGGAAAAAAGCUAGGUUUUCCCGCAACUAUUCAUUUAUCAGACCAAUUUUAUCCGGCGCGUCUCGCUGUAUAUUUGUCGGUAGCCGUAAAAAGUGCCGAAAGUUUCGGGAAAAACCUGCUAGCCGGCGGAAUUGCUUUUGUGCGUGUUAGAGUGCCGCCAUUCUCGUGACUUUGCCGCGAAAAGCAAGCACCGAAGCGGGCGAGAAAAUUCAAAGCGUCUCCUUGACAUUCUCCGCACGGCUUCGCAGCUCCUCUGCCAAAAUUUUGCCCGCGCUGCCUAACGAUCUCACCGGCAACACAGACUAUUUCGGGAACACGGAUGGAGUUAUGAAAGCCGCUGUAUUCGUACAUUUACCUCUUAUUUUUGGUAAGUCGGUAAGAAUCCUAAAAUAGAUGUGACAUAAACUAUUAAAACAAAUCUUAGCAAUAUAAUAUUUGCAAGAGAGAAUAGCUCAUUUUCUUUUGUAUCUGUCUGUAGUAGUAAAAACCCAUUAGAAAUAAUUGGCUUAUUUAGAUUUCAAAUGAUUAAUUUAAGUUGCUGUUUCGAAUUCUUUGAGAGGAAAUUCCAUUCGUUGAAUUUUCUUGGGAAAACGAAAGCUUAAAACUUCUCAAUUCGCUGGUUUCCUUGAGUUUUUCUUUCACGGUUUUUGUUUCAAGUCUCCCAGGAUGCCGGUUCCCUAACUCAAACCCUUAAGUUGAAAUUAAAACUCUCUCUUCUGUGCUUACAGCUCAUGGAGUUAGAUCCUGGCAAGGUCAAUAUACACGGCGGUGCUGUGUCAGUUGGACAUCCUAUCGGGUGAGUUUUUUGGGGGGCGCAAAUUUUUGGUCAAGAGAAUUUCUAGGGUUUUGUUGGAAGCCCCAGGGAAUUUUUUGGGGAUUUUGACUCUUGCCCCCAUUCGAUCAUCCCCAUCACUUGAAAUCCGGAGUAUUCCCCUGGGGCAACAAUCGACAUUGUUGACACGGAGAUUUUGUUUUUAGUAGAAAAUCAAGGGGGAAAUGUAACGGGCGGAAUUUGUCUUACCUGUGUCUUUGGUCAUGCUAUAUGCUCUCCCUUUAUGUGAUCUCUAUAUUAUGUCUUUCGACUCUCCGAAAAAACAGAAAACCGUUAAGGACGGACCAUUAGAAAAGUGAUGGGGGGUGGGGAAGUUUCAGCUUGCACGAAUUUUUUUUUUCUAAGGUAACGCUGACUGAGAAAUUCACUUGCCGCUCGAGUGAACACAUGGUGGAGUUUCUUCUCUGAUUCUAGCGGCGAGGAGCAAUGCAGAGAGACGGCUUCGUCCCCCAGAGGUAAUAAACUGACCGCCUGUUUUAUUUUCAGGAUGUCUGGUUCGCGGUUAAUUGCCCACAUGACACACAACCUGCCUGAGGGAAGCCUGGGUCUAGCAAGCAUCUGCAAUGGUGGCGGAGGAGCGUCCGCCAUGGUCAUUAAGAGACUAUGACGUCACAACCCCGUGUAUAUUUGUUGACAAGUUGCGCAUUCGAAUUUUAAGCGCAAAAGAAAAGGCAACUUAAAACACCAUUUCCUAGACUCAGGGUCUGUUAGGGGGUCCUGAUCCCGCCGUCCCGUUCCUCAUCCCGCAUCUCGAACGUCCGUGAUCUCUAUCCUGAAUGCCAUUUCCUUUCCUAAUACCGCAUUUUUUUAUUUAAUGGGAUUAAAAAAAAGAACAUUUUCAAGGCACGACUUCCAGUGACCAGUAUUUGAAAUAGUCGCCUCUCUCGAGUAAUCGCCCCCGGCUGUUGGCGGUACACGGAAAAUUGUCAGAAUUUGGAGGAAAUAGAACGGACUGGUAAAACCAGUUCAAGCACAGAAAAAGGAAGUCCAAUAAAGGUCCA